AGGUGAAGCACUGCAGCCAGACUGAAGCAGGUGUCCAACAUGGCGAGCACGGCCAGCGGAUCUCUCUCUACUCCUCUCUUUUUAUUCGCGGUUCUGGCAGCUUUUCUUCUAAAAGGAACUGCACAGAACAUCCCAGUCCAAAGUCAGAAUCUUGUGACAGAUGAUGUGUCGGUGGUAGAGGGGGAGACGGCCACCAUCAGCUGCAGAGUUAAGAACAACGAUGACUCCGUCAUCCAGCUGCUCAACCCCAACAGACAGACCAUCUACUUCAGAGACGUCAGACCCUUGAAGGACAGCCGGUUCCAGCUGGUCAACUUCUCAGACAAUGAGCUACGGGUGUCGUUGUCCAACGUGUCGCUGUCCGACGAGGGGAGAUAUGUGUGCCAGCUAUACACGGACCCCCCACAGGAGGCCUACGCUGAAAUCACUGUGCUGGUCCCACCAGGCAAUCCAAUAAUCGAAUCCCAAGAGGAGGUUGUCAACGAGGGGAACGAGACAGAAAUGACCUGCAUCGCCAUGGGCAGCAAGCCUGCCUCCAGCAUCAGAUGGAUGAAGGGAGACAAGGAGCUACAAGGCAAGACGGAAGUGCAGAGGACAUACGACAAGAUGUACACUGUCACCAGCCGGCUGACAUUGACUGUCACCAGGGAGGACGACGGAGUGCCUGUCGUCUGCAUCGUGGACCACCCAGCCGUCAAGGACUUCCAGGCGCAGAAGUACCUGGAAGUGCAGUAUAAACCAGAGGUCAAGAUUGUUGUUGAGUUUCCUGAAGGGCUGACCAGAGAAGGAGAGAACCUGGAGCUGACCUGCCAAGCCAAGGGCAAACCCCAGCCUCAGCAGAUCAACUGGGUGAAGGUGGACGAUGAUGUUCCUUCCCACGCCGUCAUCAUGGGCUCAGAUCUGCUAAUCGAGAACCUCAACAAGUCCUACAAUGGCACAUACCGCUGUGUGGCAUCCAACGCGGUGGGCGAGUCCUAUGAUGACUAUAUCCUCUAUGUAUACGAUGCUCUCACCACCACCCCUAUACCCACAACCACCACCACCACCACCACUGCCACCUUCACAACCACCAUCCCAGACACCACCCAAGACACCGCACCCAGCGCAGACCCCGCCUCUCACGAUUCCAGGGCAGGCGAAGGAGCUCCACGCACGGUGGACCAUGCUGUCAUCGGCGGUGUUGUCGCUGUGGUGGUUUUCGCCAUGCUCUGCCUACUCAUUAUAUUGGGUCGAUACUUCGCAAGACACAAAGGCACCUACUUCACACACGAAGCCAAAGGAGCCGAUGAUGCAGCGGACGCCGACACGGCUAUCAUCAACGCCGAGGGCGGCCAUAACAACUCGGACGAGAAGAAGGAGUACUACAUCUAA